AUGGCAGCCCAGGCCGCGGGCGCACCUCACAGGAAGCACCGGGAGCGCCCCGUGGACCUCGGACUCGGCGGCUGGCUGCUCACUCUGGGCCAAGCAUUGUGGAUUACCUGCAUCCUCUUGGGCGAGGCUGUCAAGGGCCUCUUGCCCAGGAACCGCCAGGGCGGUGCCUCGCUUUAUGAGCACCUCGCCUAUAGCGGCGUGCGCAGCUACCAGGGCCGGCUGAGCCCUGCCAGGAUCCAGAACCUGCUCCCCUCGACGGCCACGACGUGUCGACGCUUCGCCAGGAGGCACGGGAUCCGGCACUCCAGCAUCAAGCUCGAUGACGGGACGGUCGCUCACCAGCUCGGCCCGUCAGACGCCACCCACCGCGUGGUCUUCUUCCACGGAGGCGGGUACAUGGCCCCUGCGCUGUCCACGCACAUUGACUUUGCGUUUGGGUUCCAUCCGCCUCGCAAACACGUGGCCGUCUACGUGCUGCAGUACAGCCUGGUGACGGAAACCGCAAACCAAUACCCGCUGCAGCUGCAGCAGGCGGUAUCGCUGCUCGCCCACCUCAUCCACGCCGAGGGCGUUGCCCCCUCGGCCAUGACCCUGGUCGGCGACUCCGCAGGCGGCCAUCUGCUGCUCGGGCUGGCCCUGCACUUGCGGCACCCGAACCCCCGCGUCCCGCCGCUCAGCUUCAAGGGCCGCUUCGCCGGCGCGGCCGUCGUCUCGCCGUGGCUCAACCUGCACGCCGACCCGGAGGACAUGGCCGUCUGCGAGAGACAGGACGUCAUUGAAAGAAGGGCAGUGAAGCGAUGGGCAGCCAAUUGGCUGUGCGGCGCUCCGUCGGACUGCUGGAACGACCCGCUGACGGCUCCUGCGGACUGGUGGGCUGACGUGCCCAUCGACGGCGUGUUCCUUGCGUACGGGGAGGACGAGCUGCUUCGCGACGGCUGUGCGGCGCUGGCCGAGGUUCUGAAGACGGCCCACCGUUCCGUCGCCGCGUACGGAGUGCAGGGCGAGCUGCACGUCCAGAUGAUCAUGAACCGGUUCCUGCGGCUGAACAAGCCCUGCGCGUCGGAGGAUAUAUACGCAAGGUGGAUGCAGGAUCGUUUGGCAGCAAAGCCGGCGCAGCGCGAUGCACGUACGUGA